UCUCUCUCACUCUUUCUCUCUGUUCUGUGUAAAUUUCGAGACGAUAAAAGCAAGAAAUCCUCGUUCAUCAACCUUUCAAAGUCCAAAAAGAUCAAAGAGCAGCAUCCCUCUUGAGUCUUGAAUAGCAGAUAAGACCUUCACCUCCUCCUCUACUUUCUCCCAUCUUCACCAUCACAAACCUUCAUCACCAUGAAGAAGCUCUACCGCAGAUCAGUCACCGUCCACCCCUCCCCGCCGCCGCAGCAGCCGCCGCCGGCCUCCGACCACAACCACCUCCUCUCCCUCCUCCCCGCCGCCAUCCUCGCCCUCGCCGCCGCCCUCUCCCCUCAGGACAGGGAGGUCCUGGCCUACCUCAUCUCCAACAACAACAACAACCACGGCCACUUCAACGACCGCAACGGCCGCCGCGGCAACGGCAAGAACAAGACCGGCAACUGCGACCACCCGCCUUGCUUCACCUGCGACUGCUUCCGGUGCUACAUGAGCUACUGGGUCCGGUGGGACUCGUCCCCGAACGGCCAGCUCAUCCACGAGAUAAUCGAUGCCUUCGAGGACGGGCUGGAGCUCAAGAGCAAGAACAAGAACAAGAACAACAGUCCCAAGAGCACGAGGGGCAAGAACGGCAGGGACAGGAGGAAGAGAUCGGGGCCCGCCGCCGAGCCGGCCGAGCCGAACCGGCCCGAGCCGAGCGCGUCCAAGAACGAGCCCGGCGACAAGAAAGAAGAGGCCAACUCCAGCGGCGUCGGCGGCGGAGGCGAGGUUGGUAGCGGCGGAGAGGAAGAGAUGGACAAAGGGUCGGUGAGGAAGCUGGUGAGCUUCAUCGGGGAGAGGAUUUGGGGCGCUUGGAAUUGAUCUGUGGAGAAAACUGACGAGCUUUUUGCUCGAAGUUUUUGCCUUUUUUCCGCUCGCUACAAGCCCAAGUAGCUAGCGAGCGUUUCUUCUUCUGGUUUGCUCCUCCCUCCUUUUCCUUUUCUGGUCUGAAUUCUGUACAUAUCAUCUUUUGCUUCUUGCUAUGUAAAAGAGAAUGGAGAAGAGCAGCUACUCUUAUUUAUAAACUAAAUCUCUCCCCCCGGGGAAGCUGGUUUGCCUUUUCUAGUUUC